GGCUCAUUGACCAUGAACCAAUCACCACAUAAAUCAUUUUGACAUACUUCCAAUUGAAUACCCCUCAAAGUGUUAUAUUUAUAGUGUACGUAAAAUGAGUAAAGAAAGAGAAUAAUACAGAAUCCUAGCUUGGACACAAAAUCGCAACGAACCGCGUAUUCUCAACUCGGUUAAAAUCAUUCUUUCCCCGUGUAUUUCGCAACACCCUGUUGAGACAUUAAACAAAACCAAGCAAAAUCUUUGUCUUUCUUUGUUUCUUUAAUCUCCUCUCUUACAAAUAUCUAUUUAAAUCUAUAUAAGUAUAACAUAAAAAGGUAAUCAGCCAGUGCCACCACCUUUGUUGUUUCUUCCUUGUUAACGCAAUCCCCAUUGUUUCCACCAUGGCUCCCCUUUAAUAAUCAAACAAAAAACCCAUAUCCCCAUCUGGGUACGGGUCCAUUUUUGAUGGGUUUGGGUCGGAGCUAAUGGGUUGCGUUUGUUCCAAGAAAUCAUUAACAAGAAGAACAGCAAAAAAAAGUCCUGAUUCUUCUCCUGAUCUUAUUGUUCAAUCUACUCAUGACAUUGAUUGGACCCUUAAAUCCAGUUCUGGCUCUUUUUCUAAAGCUGGAUUUAGUGGAACAUUGGAUAAGAUCAAGGAGGAGCCUGAAAAGGAGAAUGAUGAUGACAAAAAAUUAUUAGUCUCGCAAAAUCAAAAAUCAGGGAAUUUAUCUAAGCCCCAAGGCUCCGGAAGGAGCUCUUCUUUUAGCAUAAGAAAUGGAGGGAGGUUUACGCAAGGAGAAAAUGUUGCGGCAGGGUGGCCUCCUUGGUUAUGUGCUGUAGCUAGCGAAGCGGUGGAGGGAUGGGUGCCUCUUAAGUAUGACAGGUUUGAGAAGCUUGAGAAGAUAGGACAAGGUACUUACAGCAGUGUGUGGCGUGCACUUGAUACUGAAACUGGUAAAAUGGUGGCUCUGAAGAAGGUGCGGUUUGACAAUUUCACACCAGAAAGUGUAAGGUUCAUGGCACGUGAAAUCACAAUUCUCCGAAGGCUUGAUCAUAUAAACAUUAUGAAAUUAGAGGGGAUCAUUGCUUCAAAAUUAUCAUGUAGCAUAUACCUUGUUUUUGAGUAUAUGGAACAUGAUCUCGCUGGUCUGUUAUCAUGUCCUGACAUCAAAUUUACUGAGGCACAGAUUAAGUGCUUUAUGCGCCAGCUACUAUGUGGACUUGAGCAUUGCCACUCACAAGGGAUAGUGCACCGGGAUGUCAAAACAUCUAAUAUAUUGGUUAACAAUGAUGGAAUUUUGAAGAUAGCAGAUUUUGGUCUGGCAAACUUUACUGCGCCAUAUAAUAAAGAACCUUUAACAACUCGUGUUGUGACUCUAUGGUAUCGUCCUCCCGAACUUCUACUGGGCUCAACUAAAUAUGGGGUAUCUGUGGAUCUCUGGAGUGUGGGAUGUGUAUUUGCUGAGCUUUUCACCGGGAAGCCCUUUCUCAAAGGGAAAACUGAGGUUGAACAAUUACAUAAAAUAUUUAGGCUUUGCGGUACUCCUACUGAGGAAUACUGGAGAAGGUACAAACUUCCGCUUGCGACAAUGUUUAAACCCCAGCAUCGCUAUGAAAGUAUGCUUCGAGAGAGGUGUAAAGAAUUUCCAGAAACGUCUCAGCAUCUUAUAGAAAGUUUCCUUUCCAUUGAACCACAUAAGCGUGGAACAGCUACUGCUGCACUUAAUUCUGAGUAUUUCAAUUCAACGCCUUAUGCAUGUGAUCCGUCAAGCUUGCCAAAAUACCCACCCAACAAAGAAAUUGAUGCAAAGCUCCGCGAGGAAGAAAGAAGGAAAAACGCUUCCAGAAUGCGUGCAUCUGGACCAUUGAGAAAUUCAGUUGGAGCUUCAAGGAAUUCCAGUAGAGAGCGCCAACCCUUGCAAGAAUCAACCACGUCAGAACAGAAACAGGAAAAAGGAUCCAGGGAUUCAUUGAAUUCUGAUUCUGCAUCUGAAGUUAGUCAAGUGACUGAGAUGUCUCAAUCAAAUAGAACACUCUCAGUACCAGUGGCAUCAGAAUCCAGGGACAAAAGGCAAAAGCAGGAUUCUGCUUCCUCAAUAUCACAUGGAAGGAAAACUUUGAAAGCUCAAACCAGUUCUGCAGACCAAAACGCUAUGCAAAAUAACAUUGAACAUUUGAGUGAAGAGAAGCCUCCUUUAAGACACCGGGUGAACAGUUCAAAGCGUUCAAUGAAAAGGGAACAAGUUCGCCCUCAGCAGCAAAAUUCGCUUGCAUGGUCUGAUAUUGAUACACCAGGGAAUUCAUAUGGAGAAAGGAACGCUGAGAUGAAGGGAAGGAGUUCAUUCUCAGGGCCAUUGACACAAUCAAGCAGAAAACGUGGAAGCCAAGACGGACAUACUCGUCAAAGUGCUAAUCAUCCAUCGCGUUUUCAUAGAGGAGUAUAACAAAUCUGCAGAAACAUCAUCAAAGCUGUCAAGGCUAUUGCAGCACACCGGAGGCUUAGAAAUGCUCCACUGUUAAAAUUGUUUGCUUAUAAGCCUAGUAUUGUUACUGGAUUUACAGAGUAAAAACGGUGGAACACUUCAAAAUUUUUGAUUCACCUUGACAACAUUGAAUCCUUGUUUUUGGUAAUUCCAUUCAUUAUAGUUCAUUUGAUA